ACACAACACAAUAAUUGUUAGUAAUACUGAAUUCUUAUAAACAUGGUACAGAAAAUCUACAUUGCGUUAAAAUGACCGUCUUAUGGGUGGAGCCUAGUUACUGGAAUACUGUUCUUAAUUUUCUUGCUCAGCAAUAUUUUACUGACUCACAUGCCACUUGUAUUUUGUGGCAUCCAUCGUUUGAUUUUCACCUGGCGACGGCUGAGCCGCUACCAUUAAUCAUUAUGGACUCACACAGAUGGUUUGACCACUCCGAUGGCAAGGAUGUUUAUAAUUACAGGGGAAAACAGGAUGAGUUUGAGGAGAAGGGAAUUGGCUACAACGAUUGGAUUCUGAGACUAACUGUUGCCAUAGAAGCGUCCCACUGCGAGACAUUUUUAGUAUUUCAGGAGCAAAUUCCAAAGUUCGCGAGUUCUUUUUAUCACGCCAGUAUGUACUCCAUUUGGCGAUCGCUGCGAAAUCGUUUUAUUUUUGUCUACACCGAAGAGCUGAUAGAAGAAAACGAUAUUUACUUGCUUGGAUAUAUAUUACAAGAUCAACCUAAUAUUUUAUUAGUGACUUCAAAAUAUCUUAAUUCAAGCAUUUUUGACAUUAAAACCAACCGAUUUGUGGGACCGCGAAACUUUGAUACGAACCCAGGACUAGUAGAGUUUGACCUUCUUCAGCGGUACGAUGCGGAGAACGAUGAGAUUAUCUGGGAUGGUGGGACGAAAAGCCCCUUGUCCGUUAAGAUGCGAAACCUUAAGGGACGCGAGGUAGUCAUAGGCAUUUUCGACUACAAGCCUUUCAUGUUAUUGGAUUAUGAAAGGAAACCGUUUUUUUAUGAUCGCUCCGAAAACACAACUGAAGUAGCUAUUGAUGGAACAGAAAUUCGACUAAUGCUUACUUUUUGCGAACUGUAUAACUGCACCAUUCAGGUGGACACAUCUGAAAAAGCUGACUGGGGUGAUAUCUAUACGAACGGCUCGGGAUAUGGACUUGUGGGAAUGGUGCUGGAUAGACGAAACGACUAUGGAGUGGGUGGCAUGUAUUUAUGGUACGAGGCAUAUCAGUAUAUGGAUAUGACCCAUUUCCUUGGUAGAUCUGGAGUCACCUGCCUGGUUCCCGCUCCGAAUCGCCUAAUCAGCUGGACCCUCCUGCUCCGACCUUUUCAAACAGCCCUGUGGAUGUGCGUGUUGUUCUGUUUGCUGCUUGAGAGCUUGGCUCUAUGUGUGACCCGCCGCUGGGAGCACUAUACGGAUUCGCCUUCCAAUUCCUGGAUGGAUAGUCUGCGUUUCGGUUGCAUAAGUACACUGAAACUCUUCGUAAGCCAGGGAACCAGCUAUGUGACCAGCUCGUAUGCUCUAAGAACCGUGCUGGUGGCCAGCUACAUGAUCGACAUUAUCUUGACGACCGUGUAUAGUGGCGGUCUGGCGGCCAUCCUGACUUUACCCACUCUGGAGGAGGCAGCAGACUCUCGGCAACGCCUCUUCGACCAUAAGCUCAUUUGGACAGGGACUUCGCAGGCCUGGAUAACCACCAUUGAUGAACGCUCAGCGGACCCAGUUCUGCUUGGAUUGAUGGAGCAUUACCGGGUUUACGAUGCGUCCUUAAUAUCCGCCUAUUCGCAUACGGAACAAAUGGGAUUUGUUGUAGAGCGCAUGCAAUUUGGCCAUUUGGGAAAUACUGAACUCAUCGAAAACGACGCCUUGGAGCGCUUAAAACUAAUGGUUGAUGAUAUUUACUUCGCCUUCACGGUGGCUUUUGUGCCUCGCUUGUGGCCCCAUUUAAAUGCCUAUAACGAUUUCAUCCUGGCUUGGCACUCCUCUGGCUUUGACAAAUUCUGGGAGUGGAAGAUCGCCGCCGAUUACAUGAACGCACAUCGACAAAAUCGCAUUGUGGCCUCCCAGAGACCAAACCUAGAUAUUGGACCCGUUCAACUGGGCAUCGACAACUUUAUUGGUUUGAUCCUGCUUUGGUGCUUCGGCAUGAUCUGCAGUCUUCUCACAUUUGCCAUAGAACUGUGGAAAGGUCAGGAGCAGUCUGUACUUUAA